UGUGACUACCUAGCUACACUAGUUUGAAAAUAUCUAUCUAAAAACAAACCUCACAUGCAGUCAUUAGUUUGAAAGGGUCAACACCCAAAAAGGCAGGCAGUAUAUAAAAGUCUCUUAAUUAGUCCAGUUUGAUGGACUUUAAAGUUUAAACCCGUGGACCAUUCCAUGCUAAACAUUUUGCCUUUUCCACAAAAAUUUAAUCACUGAAAAAGGUCUCUCCGCAGACCAUUUUUAGAGUUUGUAGUUCUUUGUGUUGUUUGGUUGAAUUUUGAAGAAAAGAAAAGAAGGCAAUGGGAAUCAUCAAGGUAUCACAAUCAUUCAAAACCAAAGUGACCCCAGAUAGGAUGUUCAAGGCCUUGAUCUUAGAUGGCCAUAAUCUCUGCCCACAGCUCAUGUUUUCAUCCAUCAAAAGCAUUGAGUAUCUCCAAGGUGAUGGUGAUGUUGGAAGCAUCAAACAGAUGAACUUCACUGAAGCUAGUCCAUUCAAGUAUGUGAAGCAUAGGAUAGAUGGACUUGACAAGGAGAAGUAUGUGAGCAAAUUCACCAUGUUUGAAGGGGAUGCAUUGAUGGGGAAGCUGGAUUGGAUCGCUUACGAUGUGAGAUUCGAGGCUUAUGGAUUUGGAGGAUGCGUUUGCAAGAUCACGUCAGAGUACAAAACAAAAGAGAAUGUGGAGAUCAAUGAGGAAGAGAUUGAGCUUGGUAAAGAUAGAGCUAUUGGCAUGUAUGAGGUUGUGGAAGCCUAUCUUCUUGCACAUCCUCAUGCUUACACCAGUAGUAAUACUACUGCUACUUGAAAAUAUCAAUUUUCUUUUCAUGACUAUUUUUUUUUUUUUUGGGGGUGGUGUUUGGGUUUCCAUUCUUAAUUUUACCAUGAUGAUCUUGUGUUUGUUUGAUGUAUAAUAUUGUAUUUGAUCAUGAAAUUGUUAGCUCCCCAUCUUGGUGACUAGCUUUUUUUCCCCCAUUUUUCUUGCUACUUGGCUUGUUGAAUUUGACACCAUCUAAUAUAUUCCAAAAUUUGACUUACAAAACAAUUAAUAUUAUACUCUCUCCGUCCUAAAAUUAUUAUCCAUUGAUAUUUGACUUUUAGUACAAUUUGAACUAGAAAUGAAAAUCCAAAGUAGACAAUAAUUAUGGGACGAGGAAGUAUCAAAUAAAAAAUAACUAGC